GCAGCAGCAGGGAAUAUGGUUUACUCUUUGUCGUAAGAUAUUGCGAUUGCUUUGAAAGCACACACAAACAGAGAGUACUCAUAACCUAGAUCUCACAGCUACAACUACGUCCAGUAUCAGCCUUGACUUGAUCUGGACCUUCAAUUUCACCUUCAGCGGUUCUCCUUUAAACUACCGAGAGGUUGCUAACAUAACAGAAGGCCGCUAUCGGCCACAAUUGCUUAGAAGUUGGAAGUUAGAACUCGCUGCUUUAUUCGAAUUUCCAAUCAUACUGCCUACAUAGGCACGCAUUGAAUAGCAAGUAUCCACCCGACUUCUAUUCACUCUCUCGGUUACUCAACCAGCAAAUGCCAUACUUGAAUUCACAAAUCUGUUUUGAAAGAGAAAUCUUUCAACCCAGGCUAGCAUCAGUUCUCUAGAGAGUUUUAUCAUCAAGACAUCUCUUCUCUACCCGAGUGCCAACAAUUACUGUUUCCUGCAAAUAUCCUCUGCAAAGAGAAUAGAGAUGGAGUCAAAAGAGCAUAAGCUAUCAUCUGGCAGCCAGACUGGUAGUCCUACAAAAUCAACCUCUACCAACUCUCCAACAGAAGAUUCUAUUGGCAGAUUGACUCGUCAGUCAUCCAUUCGAACACAGACCGAUAAAACUCUCCCUCUACGUAAGAUGAGCCAGGAAUUCGACGCAUUUUCCCUUGAAGAAGCAAAGCAUCAUCUUCAAAACCUUGGUCCUGUACCUACACUUCCCGAUCCCGCGGAAGUUGAAAACCGCAAAUUAGUAGAGCAAGAGGAGAACAAGAUUAUUCAAGAGGAGCACAAAUCCAUCAGACGCGAUUCCGUUAGCUUUUUGAAGCGUCGCACUUCUGAGCGCAAGACCAACCUCGCCACACCGACUUUGACAAUCACUACCGAAAGUUUCAGAAUCUUGCCAUUGCUUUCUCCAGCAAUCUCUCCAACACGCUCCCCAACACCACCCGAUUCUGCUGUGACAUCCUUGGAACUGGCAGCGCCAAUUUUGGGUUCGAGUUCCACUGCAAGUAUGAACAUCUCCCCCGAUACUCUCCAAUCUGAAAGAGAGCAGACUGUUCUGGCACGGGACACACCGAUGACAUCGUAUGCUGGACCUUUUGGCAUCCGCAGCCUUGUUCUGACCCCAAUUGAGCAAGAAAGUGCCAUCAGCCAAGACCAAGCAGAUGAGCAUGCUACUAAGGCCGUUACGCCGUCCCCUAUCGGACCAGCUACAUCUGUAUACCCUCCUCGUAUCUCUAGCAUGGCCCCACCUCCACCAACUGCUGUCGCUGGUUGGGUAGGCGACGGGUAUACUUCGAAUUAUGGAACCACACCAACUUCAGCUGCGCAGACAAUGAGAGUAGAUCCUUGGCAAAAGAAAGCUACUAGCCUUACAGCCCCUCAUUUUAUCCCUUCUUCUAGCCGACCAGACACUCAAACACAACUUGAACACAAGAAAGCCAAACCUGGUGUCCCUGAUGCUGAUAUAGUCGAAAGUUCUGAUGGCAGCAGCGGUGUGCCUCCGCAAAAGUAAAGGGACUCAAGAACAUCGAUGGAUAACGAAUCAGACAAACUUGGAGGCACAGCAAGACUUUUUCAAUUGCGACUCUUUUGGUCAAGCUCUGCUUGCUUACUCAGUCAGAUUUCGUCAGUCAAUCUAGUCUUUCGCACACCUAAUGUUACCGUUACGAUUCUUCUUUUACACUUACGACAAGUCUUUUCAAGCGAGAUACCCCCGGCGUUGGGCGCAUUCAAUUUUCAAACUUUGAAACCUCCAUCUCAAUCGCAGGAUUCUCAGCUUACUUCUGCGGAUGCUAGAUAGAAUUUGGGUGGAUGGAUUUCUUUUUCUUUUUCUUCGAUCUUUGGGUUCUGAUAGGUGGUCUUACUUUUCUCUGGUCCCUACACUCGAUGUAUCUACUUUUGAACAGGAUAGACAAGAGAAGCAGCAUACGGUAUGGCGUUUGUGCUUGACCGCGCUUGAUUCACGGGAUAGGAUCGAUAGAACAAAUUCUACGUUAUCGAACCAGAGCUUCACAGAGAUUGAAGAUUCCAGGAAAUUAAAUUUAAUAUGUUACAACUUACCA